AUGAAGACCUUCGUCGCCGCCGCUGCCCUUGUCAGCGUUGGUCUCGCUCAGAACCUUGCAGACCUGCCACAAUGCGGUCAAGUUUGCUUCAAUAACAUGGUCGCUCCCGCACUGGUCUCCUCGCUUGGCUGCGCUGCCGGCGACAUCAUCUGCCUCUGCACCAGCGAAAACUUCGGCUUCGGACUUCGCGAUUGUUCCCAAGAAUCCUGCCCACCUGGUACCGAUCUCUCUGCUAUCACAGCGUACGGCAAUCAAUACUGCGCCAAUGCGGCCUCCUCUGCCUCCAGUGCUGGAAGCUCUGUUGGUACCCUCUCGGCUACUUCUGCCAUGACUGCUUCUGGUGGUCCUGCCAGUGCCUCUGGUGCCGGCGCCGGCUCGGACUCUGCCUCUGGUGGAUCGACUCCAAUCUCGACUGAGACAACCUUCUCGACCAUCACCUCUGGUGGCAGCACCAUCACUACCGCUGUCGGCGAGUCGACCAUCUAUGGUGCAGGUGGCGCAGGCGGAAAUGGUGGCUCUUCCACUCCCAUUUCAACGGAGACUCUCUUCUCAACAGGAACCAACAGUGAUGGCAGCACAUUCACCACCGCCGUUGGCACUUCCACCAUCUUCGGCGCAGCUGGUGCAGGGGCUUCUGCUUCUUCGGCUGUUUCCGGCGCUUCUGGCAGUGCGUCUUCUGCCGCGUCCGCCGCAAGCGCCUCGGCUUCUUCUGUCGCAAGCUCUCUCUCGUCCGAAGUCGCGUCUGCCUCGUCUGCCGCAUCAGGUGCUGGUUCAUCCGCUCAAGCUUCUGCAUCGUCACUUGCCAGCUCUGCAUCGUCACGCCUUGCCAGUGCAACCAGUGCAGCCGGCUCUGCUGUUUCCUCCGCUGGAUCCAGCCCCACGGGAGCCGCUAUGCCCAUCGCCACAGCUGGUAUCCAUGGCCUUGCCGGCGUCGCAGGUCUUGCUGCCAUAAUGAUGCUGUGA